GAAACUUUCAAGGGAGUUCCACUGCUGUUACCAAGGGAGGGUCCGUACGAUAUUGACCUUAACCUGACCUUCUUCCGUCUGAAAGGGAAGAGUCAUUGUUUGAAGAUUCCGCACAGCAGUAUAGUAGAGCUAUUCUUGCUGCCAAAGGGUGCACCAGAAUCUGAUGUUUUUGUCAUCAUGGAAAUCGAGAAAUCAGAUUCCCUCCCUCCAUAUAUUGUGCUGGAGGAAGCAAGCAAUGGAAGGGUUACAAACGCUCUUCAGGACAUGUUCGAUGACAAGAUCAAAGGACCCGACAAAAUUCUCAAGGCAUACUAUGGAGCUUCAGAGGGGUGGCUGUACACUCUGGAGAGGUUGAUAUUUUUCUUACCAAGGCCAUUCAUGAUGAUCGAAUAUGACAAGAUCGAGAGGAUAAAGUUCGUGAAGCAUUCCAACACUAAAGAACACUACAAGUUCUUCAUCAAGGUGAAUAAUGAGCCAGAAAACAGCUUCAUGAUCUGGAAGAAGGAUGCCCAGCCACUUCUUGAAUACAUGAGUGGUAAGGGGGUGAAGUGUUCAAACGUUGAAAAGCAAGUGGCGGAAUGGGAGAAAGAGUUGAAGGCUAAGCAAGAUGAGGUUAAAGCCCUGGUGAAAACGGAGGCGGCGACUGAGAUACAGGCUGAGAUAACGGCUGAGAUCCUGCAGUUAGAAGAGAAAAUUCAGAGUGCGCGAGAAGGCCCCAAGGCUAUAUGAAAAUAGUGUUCGGCUGAAAGCAAAGAAGGGAAGAUGGAGAAGAACAACAUCACAAGAAGAGUAUAUAGACGUUGCAGCUCUUUGGUAAAAAAGGAAAGUAUUUGAACUUUUCCUUUUACUUCCUUUGUUGUAGAGAUUUAUCGACAGAUUUCCACUCAAUUUGCACAACAAUCUCGUCCUGUAGAGAUUCGUCCAACAGAAGUUCCAAAUUACCAUGGAUAAUAUCCUUGUACAGAGUACAGUACUGGUGUUGCACUGUUGCUACUUUCAUGGAAGUUCAUAGGGAAACACUCCAUUUACAUGUGGAAACAAACUGAGGUUUUAACUCAAGUUUGGGGGGGG